ACAAUUGGAGCUGUCCGAAUGAUGGAAUCAGGUAUAGACAAAUAAUUGAACGGAAAAGAAUAUACAAAUUUUUGAUUGGAUUAAAUAAGAACCUUGAUGAAGUACGAGGAAGAAUUUUAGGAUCCAAACCACUACCAAAUAUCCGAGAAGCUUUUUCAGAAGUUCGGAGAGAGGAAAGUCGAAAGAAGAUCAUGAUGGGAUCUCAAGAUUCUAUGACAAAUCCUGAGAGUUCAGCACUUGUGGUGAGAGGGAAUCCAUCCAACAACAACAGCGAUCACAGACCAAAGAAAGGGCGACCAUGGUGUGAUCAUUGUCGACGUCCUGGUCACACCAAGGACAACUGCUGGAAGAUUCAUGGCAAACCAGCAGAUUGGAGGCCUUCCCGGUUUGCCAAUGACAAAGAAGGACGAGGCAACCUUGCUUCCAUGGAUGAACAACCUCCACCCGAACCAACUCCCUUCAGCAAGGAACAGAUAGAGAUCUUGCAGAAAAUGUUCAGCCAAUCCUUGCCUGCACCAGCUCCCACUGUAGUUGGUACCGGAUCCCUGGCACAAAAAGGUCUUGGACUCAGGGAAGACGAUUGGCAGUGCUAAGAUGUGUUCGGGGCUCUAUCUUCUAGAGGUUAAUGAUCCUCCUCAAGGAGCAAUUCAUCAAUCAGAUUGUUCAGUGUCCAGUAGUCCUGUUUCUUUGUCUGUGAGUCAGUCUAAUAAUGAUAGUGCAAUUAUGUUAUGGCACUAUAGGUUAGGUCAUCCAAAUUUCUUGUAUCUUGAGAAGUUGUUUCCUUCAUUAUUCCAUAGUAAAAAUCCAAAUGAAUUUCAAUGUGAGAUCUGUCAAUUCUCUAAACAUAUUCGCAAUUCUUAUCCUAACAGAUCCUACAAAGCAUCUCAACCUUUUUCCAUGAUUCAUAGUGAUAUAUGGGCCCUUCUAGGAUAAAAAAUGUUACUGGUUCUCGCUGGUUCAUUUCAUUUAUUGAUGAUCACACUAGACUCACAUGGGUAUUCCUCAUGAAAGAAAAAUCUGAGGCAAACCAGAUCUUCAAAACCUUCAAUACCAUGAUCCAAACACAAU